GCCAGAUCAGUGGCCAGAGUGCAAGGACGGGGGGGACACCGAUUCACAGCCCACGAAGUGCUGCUGCGUAGGGCAGAGGACAGACCGAUUGCGUUGGUGCCGCAGCUCCCCGAGCUUUUCCCUCCCGCUGCUCCUCUCAACCUCCAAGUUAUUCCCCCUGUCCCAUACUAAAUGCCUCCUUUCUUUUCCUACACCACCCUCCCCUACCAGCUCACGGAGGGCCCUUACCCUAUGCGCGAGUUCUCGGAGUAUUUGGUGGAGCUAACUGACGUGGAACCGCUGCCCUUCACCAACGAAGACGCGUGGGAGUUGCACCGUGCGCUGUACAAGUCUGUGGCGCUUGGGAUGUUCCGGUUCUUCGUGGAUCACGAAGACCAGGCUAUCGGGGAGCACUUCGUCGUUUACUACGUCAUCGCGUGGCCCAAGCCAGCGGAGAAGGAAGGGACGGUGGCGCUGUACCCCUUCGCCCCGCUCCAAACAAUCAAUCCGGGAUUGUUGGAGCUCAUACAUCUUGAGCUCCUCUCCAUUGCACAAGUGAUCGCGAGCGAGGAGGAGGAGAUCCAACCACAAUUGCGGACGACGACGGCCCCGCGGAGAACGUACAACGCGGUCGUUAUCCCGGAUUACAUUGCGCAGCGCGCGGAGAGAUUGGAGGACUUCCCAGAGGAAAGGCCGUUGCGUCCUCCCUCGUCGUAUCCUCGACCAGCGCCACCGAAGGCCCCCAAGAAGACGUCGAAGAGGAAGAGACGCCACCCGUCGCCAGGAGCGCAAGGCAGCAGGAUCGGCGGCGGCGAGGAGGUGAUUCAGCCCGCGCGUACACGGAUUCCUGACCCUGUGCCUGGGAGUGCGGCGACGCUCGUUAAGGAGACUAUCGUGCCAUCGCCGCCCAUUCUGCGUGUGCCCGAUCUCAAUCUUGAUGGAUCCGGGCCAUCAUCAUCAUCAGCAGCCGGAGGAGGAAGCCGAAUGGGAUUUCCGGAUCCCAUAUCCAGACCCCCCGUCCUCGCAGGACCUCUCCGAUUUCGCAGAAUGGCCCUUCUAAGGGAGAAAAGGGAACGGAAACAUAGACACAGUGGGAGAAAUGGAGGAGGAUUUCGGGAUCGGUCUAGCAGGGAAGAUUCGGGAGACGGAAGUACGUCGGGAAGUCGGAAAGACGGUACACGUGGGUCAAAGGGAGGAGGCCUUAGUAGAGGGAAAGAAAAAGGAGCUUCUGCCAGUGAACUGAGUGGUAAGGAGAAGACAUACGUUGGGAAUGAAGAAGACGAUGAGGAAGAAAAGGAUCUGGAGGAAAUGGAGGCGAACGCAGUUGGUGUUUUGUCCGGUCGAGCCAGAAGAGACGGUUCAUCCUCACGGGGCCGAAAAUGGGUCCCGGUAGGUCCCAACCCAGGUCAAACCGAACAAGGGAAUUUAGAAACAGGGUCAGUUGGGUUGGGUGCAGGAGGUUUGGGGGAAGGUCUGAUGCCGGUCAACCCGAUACAGACAUUGGGUCAAGAGGACGGGAAUGUCCCGAAGAUCUUUGCUCCACUGAUCCUUGCCAAUUCAAGUAAAGGGAUAAUGGUCAUGGCAAAUGUACUCGCGAAUGGAAUGAUGGAGCUCCCUAGUGCUUAUGCUGAGGAAUCGUUAACUGAGUCGGUGAUUCUUGCGAAAGCAAGAACACUCGUACCGGCAUGUCUAAAACUCCAGUUGAUUUCCACCCUGAGAGGAGGAGUGGACACAGCCCAGGACGGGGUGGGAAACAGGGCGCGAUUAUAUUAUGUAUUUUUGGAUGCCAAAAUGACCAAUAGUGUUAAAGAACUCUUGGCAACUCUAGAUAAGGACUAGUUUCCACUCUCGAUCCUCGUGUCGCCAUUGAACGAUGAUCUGGAUAGUAUAAUUUUUAAAGGUUAUUUUUCUGCCAGAACCAUCGCCAAGUGGCUGUUUCACUCGGCAAAAAGACAGGUGUUGUUCUCAGACAUGUUUGGGGACACUUUGCGCCUGCCACGGGAAGAAUCAAUGACGGAAGGAAACACAGAGGGGAUUCGAAGAAGAAAGAAGGGGGAAUUGGAACGAGACGAUGCAGGCCGUAUCCAUGAAAAUCACGGCAACGGAGUAAACAAUGCCUCUUAGA